GGAUCUCGCGAGUACGCCUGCGUCAGGUGCAGUCAUGGAGGCGGAGGAGGCGGAUGUGGAUGUGGAAGGAGAUGUGGCGGUGGCUGCACAGCCGGGAAAUGAUGAAAAUACAGCAUCAGUUUUUCAAGAUCACUAUCUUGAUUCAACAUGGAGAAGGGAGAAUGGCUGUCUUCCUUGGACUCUGGAUAGCACCAUCAGUGAUGAGAACAGAGCUGUCAUUGAGAAAAUGCUGUUGGAAGAAGAGUAUUAUUUAUCUAAUAAAUCACUUUCAGGAAAAUUCUGGGUUAAUCAAAAGGAGGAUGAUAAAAAAUACACAAACAGCCUGCAGAAAACAGCAAAAAUCAUGGUACAUUCUCCUGCCAAACCAGCCAGUUAUUCAGUAAAGUGGACAAUAGAAGAGAAAGAACUGUUUGAACAAGGACUGGCUAAAUUUGGCCGAAGGUGGACCAAAAUCGCAACACUAGUUGAAAGUCGCACAGUUUUACAAGUGAAGAGUUAUGCCAAACAGUACUUUAAAAAUAAGGUAAAAUGGAAUGUGGAGAAAGAAACACCAGCUCAGAAGAGCAGCAGUGAUCUUCAGGUUAAAAAUAAAGAUGAAAGGACGAAGGUGUGGGCAGCGUCAUGUUUAAGGGGGCGUGCUGAUCCCAACCUGAAUGCUAUAAAAAUUGAGAAGUUAUCUGACGAUGAAGACGUAGACAUCACAGAUGAGCUGGAUGAGUUGACUCCUCAAACAUCACAGAAUUCUGGCAGCCAUCUUACUUUAGAUGUUCCUAAUCGUCAAAUGUAUAAGACCAACCAAGGAGAAUUACGCCAGGAAGGUUCACUAGCUAAAUCUUCAGGAGAGUAUCUUCAGAAUGUGAAGCAAAGUGAAGCCGAAGCAUGUUCAAGCUCAGAAAUUACAUCAUGGGCUGAAAAACAGAACAGUAAUGGCAAAAACUCAGUCGAAUUAAAUGAGAAAUACAGUAAACUGGUUGAAGAGUAUACUGUAAAAGGCGGAGAAGAAAUACCAGAGGAAGCCAAGCACUCGCCCUCUCCAGAGCCCUGUGAGAGUCAGAAGGACUCAAGUGGAAGUGAAAUGUGUUUGCCUCCUUGCCAAAUGGAGGAGGGAAACCACGAAGGAGAAGAGCUAAAGCCACCAGAACAAGAAGUACAAAUAGAGAGAAAUGUCAUUCAAGAAGAAGAAAAGCAAGCAAUUCCUGAGUUUUUUGAGGGACGCCAAACUAAAACACCAGAACGCUAUUUGAAAAUUAGAAACUAUAUUUUGGAUCAGUGGGAAAUAUGCAAACCGAAAUACUUAAAUAAGACCUCAGUACGUCCUGGCCUGAAGAACUGUGGGGAUGUUAAUUGUAUUGGACGGAUUCAUACAUACCUCGAGUUGAUAGGAGCAAUCAAUUUUGGAUGUGAGCAGGCAGUAUAUAACAGGCCACAACCAGUUGAUAAAGUACGAAUGACCGACAGAAAAGAUGCAGAAGCAGCAUACCAGCUUGCUUGGCGCCUACAGUCUAUGCGAACGAGGAGACGUAGGGUCCGAGAUCCAUGGGGAAACUGGUGUGAUGCAAAAGACUUAGAAGGGCAAACGUUUGAGCAUCUGUCUGUGGAAGAGCUAGCAAGAAGAGAAGAAGAGGAAAAGUGCAAACCUAUUAAAUUUUCAAAAGCUUCAAAACUUCCAAAAAGCUCACUUGAUCCUUUCCAACUGAUACCUUGUAAUUUUUUCAGUGAAGAAAAGCAGGAGCCAUUUCAGGUGAAAGUAGCUUCAGAAGCACUUUUAAUAAUGAACUUGCAUGCCCACGUGUCUAUGGCAGAGGUGAUUGGGCUUUUAGGAGGAAGAUACUCAGAGGCUGAUAAGAUCCUUGAAGUCUGUGCGGCAGAACCAUGUAACAGUCUGAGUACAGGACUUCAGUGUGAGAUGGAUCCUGUAUCACAAACCCAGGCCUCAGAAGCCUUGGCUCUUAGAGGCUACAGUGUUAUUGGGUGGUACCAUUCUCAUCCUGCAUUUGAUCCUAAUCCAUCUCUACGAGAUAUUGACACACAAGCCAAAUACCAGAGUUACUUCUCCAGAGGAGGAGCAAAAUUCAUUGGGAUGAUUGUUAGUCCAUAUAAUCGAAGUAAUCCUUUACCAUAUUCCCAGAUUACCUGCUUGGUUAUAAGUGAAGAACUUAGCCCUGAUGGUACCUACCGUUUACCUUACAAAUUUGAAGUACAACAGAUGUUAGAAGAACCUCAGUGGGAAUUAGUGUUUGAAAAGACAAGAUGGAUAAUCGAAAAAUACAGGCUUUCUAACAGCAGCGUCCCCAUGGAUAGAAUCUUUCGCCGGGAUUCUGACCUAACUUGUCUGCAGAAACUUUUGGAAUGUCUAAGGAAAACACUAAGCAAAGUAGCCAAUUGCUUCAUCGCUGAGGAAUUCUUGACUCAAAUAGAAAAUUUGUUCCUUUCCAAUUACAAAAGCAAGGAAGAAAAUGGACUGGCAGAAGAGAACAGUACAAAGGAAUUGUUCAUGUAAUUAUUUUAAAGUAAGAUGUUCUAAUCUUGGCAUGCUACUGUAAAUAAUUGAGAUUUUAAAGCAAUAUAAAUUAUGUAUUUUUUUCUUUUAAUCCAUAAAACUCUAAACUUUCCCACAUAAAUAAUGUGAGAAGGAAGAGAGAUCACUUGUUCUCAUAGUGGUCAUCAGGAGUGGUAGAGGCCUGCCUAUAUUAAGCUGUGCAGUGGGCCAUGAAAGCUUGAGCUCUGGUCUGCUUUGCAGUGUACAACUUGAUAACUGGAAGAUGGCUAAGCCUUGCUUUUUCCCAGAAGGAGUGUGUUUCUCACUUUGCCAUCUCAUUAGACAUACUUAGUUUCUUCCAAUGUGUUUUGGUGGUGAGGUGUGUGUGUGUGUAUGUGUGUGUGUGUGUGUGUGUGUGCAUGUGUUAGUGUUAUUUGGACGUUGCAGCCUAGGUGUGGGACAAGUUAAUAUGUUUAAGAACUACUGACUAAUAAAUCUAACAACAUACUCUAAAGUGCCAACACAGCAAAAGGGGAAUAUCCUUAGAAAUGUUCAGACAGGAGACCAAAGAGGAGGAGAACCAAUUUUCAGUCAGUGGUGUCUGCUUCAGUCUUAUUGUGAACACUGUACUAUAGGAUAGUCAAAGGUAGUCUCCUCAGAAGUUUAAUGUUUAAAUGAAUUUCCCAAGGGAAAACAUUAGCUCCAGCUCUGUCCAGUUGCAAUAGCAUGUGACAAAAUGUCAUUGAACUAGACUUUGUAAUGUAGCCCUCAACCUAGCAUUUUUCCCUACCCUCAGGAGAAAGAGAAAAAUUAGUCAAGCUUAAAUCAGAUGUUGUAAAAGGAAAAAACAGAUGCCAUCUAGUAUUUUACAUAAUUUAACUCAGUUUCAUGUACUUUCUGAAUAUGAAAAGUAAACUUUUUUGUGUAAAAUUCAAAUAUUUCUGCUAGCUGGAGAACUGGUGUUGCCCCUUGUCCAGGCCUUCUUAUUGGUGACAGUUUUUUUUGUUUGUUUGGUUUGGUUUGGUUUGGUUUGGUUUUUUGAGACAGGGUUUCUCUGUAUAGCCCUGGCUGUCCUGGAACUCACUCUGUAGACCAGGCUGGCCUUGAACUCAGAAAUCCACCUGCUUCUGUCUCCCAAGUGCUGGGAUUAAAGGCAUGCGCCACCACCACCCAGCUAACAGUUUUUUAUAUUGAAACUGAAUGCGAGUUUAGAGUUUUCUUUUUUUUUUUUUUUCUGUUGUAGUUGUAGCCAAAGGAGGAAGCAGCACUGCAUGGAGUGGCUGCAAUCCUAGAUGGCCUGAAUCUGAUUUAGGAUGUGUGAUUUGAAGAAAUGGAGUUUGCUUUCUCUAGGCCAAGUUUGUUUUAUGUAGCUGAGGCUGGUCCAGCCCUGAUUUAUCUGCUGACUUGUUAGGCAACUUCAAGUUACAACUUCACUUUAAGAUGCUGUGGUUCCAAAAUUAAUGUGUAGUUUUAAAAGAAAACUAGCAGUUUUUCCAUUUCCCUCUGUACAUUUAAUACAAACAAUGAAACAUACUUUGUAAAAUCCUCUUGAAAUCUGGAAGUAUAAGGACUCCAGAGCAAAACAUCAGGAACCCUAAGCUCUCAACCUAAUCUGCUCAGCUCUCUAAAUUCAUCAAUUGAGAUUCAAAGAGCUGAAUUCUAUCACUUGGUGUCUCUUCAAGCACAGAAGGCUACAAAAGUCAGUAGCAAUUCAUUCCUUUGUGUUUUUCUUCCUCUUCACCUGUCUCUUCAUAGGCUGUUGGAACAGAUCUGAAAUGGAUGAUAAUUAACUUUAUUGCUAUUUUCCUAGAAUGUUGUUGAAUUUUAAAAAGUUCUUCAAAUCUGGACUUUACGCAUGCCAGUGGUUAACUAUAUUCACUACCCUGAGCUAAACAUUCUAAGAACCCAAGAGAUGCCAGUAGUCAGAGUGUAGGGCUUUGACAACAGAAGUUUUUAAGCAACUAUUGAGCAAUUAUUUCUGACUGUAAAUUAUAUUUGCAAUUUAUCUUACAAAAUACUUUUAAAUACAGAGAAAUAUAUACAAAGUGCAAAUAUCUUAAACCUACUGUUGAGAAAAUAUUUUACAUAGGAAUCAAAAUCGUAACCAGUUUUUAACAGCAUAAAUUCAGAACAUUCAGAGUUAUUGCUUGUCUACUUUUGUUUCCUAUCUGUUCUCUAUGCUGCCUUCUUUUCUCUUGUCCUAGUGUCUACAUGCUCUGGCAGCUGCAGGUAGCCCCUCUGCCAAGCUUGGCCUCCCGAGACUAGUUGGAGCCAAGACCUUAAAGAAACACAGAUGAGUCUGGGACUUGAGGGGGCAUGUAACACAGAAGUUGAGAGAGAGAGGUGGGAGGAGAGAAAAGCCCUUCUCAACAAUGUUUGCAGAAGUAGGGAUCAGAGAUGCCUGAGUCUCUUCAUCCUAGGUUCUGUUUUUGUUGGAGCUUAAAUUUUGUUUCUUAUUCUGACGUGGCUAAGGAAACAAUAAUAGUACUUCUCCUAUAUUAGACUUACUGUUCUUCAAAACUAAUACUCAAGAAAGCAAAAUCAGUGAAACAAGACCAGUAAGGUAAAAACUCGCUGGCCAUCGUUUAACCUUGGCCAUUCUUCUCCAGUCCUUUAAUUGGCCAGGAACUCCCAUUCUUGGAGUUGGUUUGGUCACCUGCUCAAUGCUCAUGAGGUUUUAAGCACCAAGCGCUUUUGCUCACUUUGACUCCUUCCAUAUAGAAUUUAAAAUUACAGUUUAUAAUUGUGUUUGUAUAACAUGGCAGUAUUCACAUUUUGGAUUAAAAUAUUCUUUUAAUCUAAAACUUGGAUUAUUUUUCCUAGUAAAAUUAAGUGAAAUAUUUGUUACAUACCCUUCAAAAUUCUGGGAAUCUGAGACUGUACCCGAUGAAUGUUUUAACCUGCCUAUGUUCUGAGAGGGUUGUUGGAAAAAUGCAGACAGUAUUCUCCAUCCCUUACCACCACUCAGUUAUUUAUUGCCACUCCAGCCAGAAGCACUGCAGCUCCUCCUGUCACAUCUGAACUUCGUUCUUUCCCAUCCUAGCCAGAAUUCAAUGUGGCUUAGAUCAUUCAUGGGAGGUGGGGAUGCAGUAGUUAGAAAUCAGUAGAUAGGAAUUUUUAUUUUUUCCUACUUUUACAGGUGGUGCCCUACCACACAGGGUGAGGUACCUUUCUUCCCUUUUCUCUCAACCCUCAUAUCCAUCUAUUCAUCCAUUCUCACAGCUCAUAGGUAUAAGCACUCUAUCUCAUUCACUGAAAGUAAAUAAACAGAGCCGUUCAGAAAAAUCCCUGCAGUCUUAUUGUUUAGCAUUGGCCCAGGCUUCUCCACAGAAUGUUCUUCUCAGGCUUGGGUGGGUGAGGUCCGUAGCAUGCAGACUGUAAGCACCUUUAGCUUCUUCAUUUCUCAGGACAGAGAAGGUGGCAGCCCCGGCAUUCCAGCCUAAGCUGCCCUACUGCUCUUUAGUUUACCUUUGCCCUGAGUCCCGACGGAAGGAAGGUACUGGAGAAGCUGAUAGAACAUGUGCAUGCCCUCCGCUCUGUCUCCAUUCUGUGCCACCUGCUUGUGUACACACUUGAAGUUCAUCAACAGACAUCCCAUGUGGGUUUCUUAUCAGUAGGAGAGGUGGCUACCCAAAUUUCCCUUUAUCUACUUCCCAGCAAGGUCCUUAAUCUGGUGUCACGUGACAUGUCAUGGAGGAAAGCACCUACACAGAAGCACAAGAAAAGCACACACAUUUUGAUGAACAUGUUCUGUAUCAGCAUUAGCAAACUUAACAAAGAAACUUGAUCUCUAGAACUGCAUCUCUAGUUUUGUAUUUAUUAAUAAUGCUCUUAUGACAAUAUAUCUUAUAAUGUGUCCAGAAAAAUCAGAGUAUCCUUAGAUUAUUAUUUCCUGACCUUUUCUGAAAAAGUUUUACGCAUACUUUCAUUUCCUGUAACUUUAUUUUCUGGUAUCUCUUAUACCUUAUUCCCUUAUUGCUCCCACCAAAUCAGGAGGAAAUAAAAGCAUCCAAGAGGAACUUAAAAGGUUCUAAAUGAAACAUGAAACUAAACUUUAAAGCUGAAAUUAAUUCACAGCAUCUGGGUAGCUUUUAUUUUUGUCCUUUGGUGUUUCUGUCAUAUAUUCAUGUGAGUUCCAGGGAAAAUACCUCGUUUGUUAUGUCUAAGGUUUCCUAGUAGCUUUUCAAGAAUUUGAUAGAUACAUUCUCAUAGUUCAUAUUUCCUGUUUUAUAUAUUAUCAAAAAAUUGAGACCUGCAUGGUGGUGCACACCUUUAAUCCCAGAACUCAGAAGCAGAGGCAGGGGGAUCUGCCUGAUUCAGAGUUAGCCUGGAACAGGGCUACAUAGUAAGACUCUAUCUUAACAAUAAAACAAAACAAAAAUAUGGUCUGCUUCAGUGUAUGAGUUCUAAAAUUGUAAUUAGAUUUCAGCAUGAUUUAUGUAGAUGAGUCUUUUAUAUUGCCUUUAAAUGUGUAGACUGGAGUUGAUUUGUACAGUUGUACUGUAUAUAAGAUAUUACAUGAAAGUUUAUGAACUUGUUGCUGUUUUCCCAUAUUGAGUUUUGUGAAUUUUUUCACUAUGCACUUACAGUGUUCUAUAACAAUAUAAUGACUUAAAACUAUUUUAUACAUUUAAAUGUUAUGUUGUAUAUAUCUACAUUAAAGAAUAUUGUAAAUAUCAGUGUCUGUAAAAUUGUAAAAGAUUUUUCCAAAAAUAUAAACUCAUCUUUCUAUACUUACUUGUGAUAUAUUAAAAAUACCGAUUUUAAGCUUUGACUUAUUAUCUUGUAGUGAAAACUAAGGAGAAACAUGCGGUCAGUUCAAUGUAAGCAAAAGUUUGAAAAUAAAAAGGGUAGUUUUUGA